UUCAAGAUUAAUAUGCACUGCACUAUGUCAUCCGAUCUCUUCGUCUUCUCCCUCGCCUCUCCCUCAACCUUUGUUUUAUAUUUUUUUUUUUUCAACUCAACCUUUGUUUUAUAACUUUGAAAAGCUGGUUCUUUGUUUUUAUUUAUGAGUGAAGAUUUUGAAACACUGGGAAGGAUGUUGGCUUAUGCAAGCAUUCUCACUUUUUAACUUGUGCAGAGCACCUGCAAUCUAUUGUUGAGGCUUUAACAGCCAGAAUUACACCACGUCAACAGUUUCACACAAAUUAGAAGAUGAGCAUCGCACUGGAUAAAAUAGAAAUAUUUCUGUAGAAACUCAACCUCGCUUUCGCCUUUAAGCCAGUCGAACCUCGGCCUCAACCUCGACAUCAUAGAAAUCAGAUCUCGUAGCCGUCGCCCACCGCCGCACGUCACCACUUCCGUCACCCUCCAGUAAUUUCGCCCUUGAACACCAUCUCCGUCACCUACCAUCUCCCUGUAAAUGGAUUAUCAUGCUAGCUGUUUUUUUUCCCCACUCGAUCGUGUUGUUUGCUUCUCUAUAGAAAAACUCUUCUAUAGAAAGGAUCGGAAAAGCUAAUUUAGUCCAUAAAGCUACAAAGUUUCCUCCCAUUUCACUAUUAUUUGUACGUUCGCAGUGGGAAAAUAAACAUGGUACUUUCUUUUCUCUCUGCUUCUAGCUAAUAGAUCCAAAUCCCAUUGUAAUCCCAUGUUCCUAAUCCUCUCAUGCUCAAAAUAGUUUGAAAAACCAACUUCCGAACAGCAACAGAAGACUACUUGAUCAGUAUCAUGUGUAUUUUUAAAACUCAAUCGAUGCUGAUGGAAAAUCAUGUGCAACAAGGCGCAGGUGGCGAUUUUUUUUUUUUUUUUUGAAAUUUUGAAAGAAAAAAAAAGAAGAGAAGAGGAGAAGAUAUCUUAUGUUAAUGGAAGACCAUUAACUUGUCCGUAACCCAUUGACUGGUCCGUGUUAUUUCCGAGCGAGAGGGGGAGGGGGGACGAGGGGCUGGAGAGGACCGAGCGAGAGGGGGGUGAAGAAGACACAGUUCCUCUUUGGGUCUGUCGCCCAAUCCUCAAAGAUCCUGAAAAUGUACGAAACCCACCUCCAUUUCUCUCGAAAAUUCUAAAAUUGGCACAAUUCAGCCAAUAUCCACAUGAGAAAUCCAUACGAAACCCAAUCUGGGAGUUGAAGGAGCCAAAACUUCGCUCCAAACGGUGAAAAAACGAAUACCCAUUUGGAGACUUGGUCAGAUUUGUGAAGCUGGAAUGGUGUAGAAGAGAUUUCGACGGGUUUGUAGAGAUACAAGAAGUGGAUUGAGGGGAAGAAGUUGGUGGGCUGUUGUAGACAGGCACACAGGAUGGGAAAUAGAAGAGUUACGUGGCACAAAUUUAAUGGUGGGCUGUUGUGGGAGGAAAAGCAGAUGUACCGGUUGGAAGUUUCUCUCUUUUUUCUUCUCUAAACUUGGUAAAUUUACCUCUCUUUUUCUCUAAUCAAACUGAUCUACUACCUGGGAGUACUCAUGAAGAUUUGGUUUCUAUGCUUCUGUUUGUUUGUGUUGGUAUGAUUCAAUUUAUAUGAAGGGAGAGGAAGAUCCUAUCAAAUGAAAGCGGAGAGCUGAAACGGUCUUCCUGAUUUCUGGAGUGAACAACUACAUAAAUGUAAAAGUGAACAACUAUAUAGAAAUAGACCGGUUUCUGGAGUGUUCUUGAGCCUUAGCUUUUGGGGGAGGAUUAUGAUCUCUCUCCCUGAUUUUCUUCUCUCUCCUCCCCUUCCUUGCCACGAAAACCAAAUGCGGUUCAGUGUUCUAACCCACAAAGAUGUCCAAGUUUGGUAAUAUGAAUAUGUAUAUCCUUCAGGAGUUUAUGAGAUUGAUAUUUAGGCCAAUAGGUUGGGUGAAUUCGUCGACAACGAAAGUGUCUUGGUUUGUGUUGCUGUUGUUUUUCCCCCCCUGAUUUCCGUGUGUUUGUUUGGUGGGUUGGAGAAUGGAAAAUGUAGAAGAGAAAAGCAACGACUUCUAUGCAGUCCUAGGGCUGAAAAAGGAAUGCAAUGCGUCGGAGCUCAGGAAUGCUCAGCAAUGCGUCGACAAUCUUGUUUUUCCAUGCUCUUGGAGCUUGUUUUAGGCCUGAUGCCAUUUGAAGUCGGUUCAGCAGCCAUUCUUUCCUUUGAGAAUCACUGCAGCUACACGGUGUGGCCCGCAAUUAUCUCCAGAAAUGGUCCCACCCUUGGGGAUGGCCGGUUUUCGUUGGCCCCUGGAAAAUUGGCCCAGCUCAUUGCUGAACCCGGCUGGUCCGGCAGGGUCUGGGCCCGAACUGGGUGCAACUUCGACGCCUCAGGUAACGGUAAAUGCCUCACCGGUGAUUGUGGUUCGCUGAAUUGCACCGGAGACGGCCAGCCACCUAUCACAUUAGCCCAGAUCAUCAUCGCAUCGGGAACUACUGACAAUAGCUUCUACGAUGUCAGCCUGGUCAACGGCUACAAUGUUGGCAUUGGCAUCAACGUCACCAGUGGAACAAGUGACUGCCAGUACGCAGGCUGCAUCGAUGACUUGAACGGCAACUGUCUGCCGGAGUUGCAGGUGGUUAAUGUUUCUGGCUUGGUGGUGGCGUGCAAGAGCGCAUGCGAGGUGUUCAAUGCGGCCCAGUUUUGUUGCGCAGAUGACUACUCAACGCCAGAAACUUGCUCGCCGACGCAGUACUCGGAACACUUCAAAAAAGCAUGUCCGAACGCGUAUAGCUACCCGUAUGAUGAUGUUUCAAGCCGUUUCACUUGCUCUGGGUCGAAUUACUCGAUCACGUUUUGCCCAAUAGAGUCGUGAUCAUUAUUGACAUAUUAUAGGGUAAGUGCUUCUCCAUAUAUGGUUUUGUUGUUUUGGUAGUAACUGGAUGGAACAAGAGUUUAGCAAAAGAAUAUGUCUUUUUCCUUUUUUUUUUUUUUUUUUUUCCUUUCUCUUGGGACCCUUCUUGACAAGGGUUCUCAAGAGAAAAGAGCUAUGAAGUUAAAGAGAUUUUCUUGAACACAUACAUUUUCUGAUAGGCCUUCUACCCUCUAUUUGCUCUAUUUGGUUAAAAAUGGCUAUGAAGUUAAGAGAUUUGGUUGGAAA